GUGCAUCACGCCUCCACCGGGACGUGUGUGUGCAAAGACGAAUAUCUCAAGCUGGUGUGGAUAAACGGCAAGCCGCAGUGCAAGCCACCUUGUGCGCACGAAGCCGGCCUGGUACACGGCCCGGAUGGCAAGUGCAAAUGCAAGGACCCCGAGGCGGUAGAGAAGAAGGACUCUUACGGCUUGGUCAUCGCUUGCCAUCCCAAGUGCGACCAUGGAUUGGAGUAUGACGAGGAAGCCGGCAAGUGCGUGUGCGUCGAGGAGGACUACAAGCUAGUGUGGAUAAAGGGCAAGCCCGUGUGCAAACCGCCUUGCGACGCGGAGGCCGGAUUG